UCUGCAGUCUCCUCACUGCCGCCCGUUCCUCUUUCUAUUUACAGGGAAUAAAGAUGGGGCGUCGUGCUCGGGCAUCUCAGGACAUCCAGCAGGAUAUGGGGGACGGUCCUCGCGGCGCAUCUUCAAGAGAGGGUCCUCCAAAGCCUCUGCGGCAGGGUGGAUGGGCCGACGAAUCGUCUGGGCUGGCAAAAUCAGGGAAGCGCAGCACUGAAGACGUGGAGGACAGUCGCCUAAGGCAGCGGAGCCUGGACGACUCUGACGAGGGUGGAGAUAUACCUGUGAUCCCGGAUCUGGAGGAUGUGCAGGAGGAGGAUUUGGCGCUUCAGGUGGCGUCGCCCCCCAGUGUCCAGGUGAACCGCGUGAUGACGUACAGAGACCUGGAUAAUGACCUGAUGAGACACGCAGCCUUCCAGACCCUGGAUGGAGAGAUCGACCUGAAGCUUCUGACCAAAGUCUUGUCUCCAGAGGCAGACGUGCGAGAGGAGGACGUGCGGUGGGACUGGGACCUUCUCUACACCGAGGUCUCUUCAGAACUGCUGACGGAAUGGGACCUGGGGAAGGCGGAGAAGGAGGACGGGCCGCUGCCCUGAACCCCGCCAUCUAAUAAACGCUUCGUCUCA